UUGGCAACUGUCACCCCAGAGCUAAAGAGGGAGAAGCACCGCCAGACCAACUCUUGCCAUUUCCAGUCAGAAGUUGCAGACUGCAUGUAGCUGCCUCUGCUCUGCCGAGAGAGGGACGGGAAUGGUGUGCAGUGCAGAGUGGAAAAUACCCCCGCUCUAAGAAGUGCACCGGAUUUUUCUCUUGCUGUUUGUUUGGGUUGUUGCGUGCACGUUAGGCACCCAAAGGAUCGCCGCUUCGUAGGAAUGAAACGUGGAGAGGAUGACUAACGACAGAACUGUGAAUUUGUUCCCUGGAGUUGCUAAUUUGCCACCCCGAAGCAACACAUAUCUCGAGGAGGAAGCGUUUGGCUGCUGCUGAUUUCGCCAAAACUGGUGGUUUACCAGAUGCAUUGUGCUGUAUCUGCUGGAACAGAUCAUUGCUUAGCUGCAGCAGAUCGUCAAAGGUAGACAACUAACUGAUGUCUCCAAAUAAGAAAUGAGAUGUAAUGCAUCCUGCAGUCCAUGCAUGCCUCCUCUUGCAAAUCGCGCAUCAUUCCUCUCUGGAAACCUUUAAGUCCUAAAAUCCGUGAAAAGAGAAUAAAAACAUUAUCAUGGACCUGAGGGAUUUUUACCUGUUGGCCGCUUUGAUUGCCUGUUUAAGGCUGGAUUCUGCUAUAGCUCAAGAACUUAUUUACACUAUUAGAGAGGAGCUGCCUGAAAACGUGCCCAUAGGGAACAUACCAAAGGACCUGAACAUUUCUCAUAUCAAUGCUGCCACAGGGACCAGUGCCAGCCUUGUCUACAGACUGGUGUCUAAAGCAGGGGAUGCACCUCUGGUCAAAGUGUCCAGUAACACAGGGGAAAUCUUUACAACAUCUAACAGAAUAGACAGAGAAAAACUAUGUGCUGGAGCCUCCUAUGCAGAAGAAAACGAGUGUUUCUUUGAACUUGAAGUGGUGAUUCUUCCCAAUGACUUUUUUAGGCUGAUCAAAAUAAAAAUCAUUGUAAAGGACACUAAUGACAAUGCGCCUAUGUUUCCAUCCCCUGUCAUCAAUAUCUCCAUCCCAGAAAAUACUCUGAUCAACAGUCGCUUUCCAAUCCCAUCAGCUACAGAUCCUGACACAGGUUUCAAUGGUGUGCAGCACUAUGAGUUGUUAAACGGGCAGAGUGUCUUUGGACUGGAUAUUGUAGAAACUCCGGAAGGGGAGAAAUGGCCUCAGCUGAUUGUGCAGCAGAACUUGGACAGAGAGCAAAAGGACACCUACGUGAUGAAAAUCAAAGUGGAGGAUGGAGGUACCCCCCAGAAAUCCAGCACAGCUAUCCUGCAAGUCACAGUAAGUGAUGUCAAUGAUAACAGGCCAGUCUUUAAAGAGAGUCAAGUAGAGGUCCAUAUACCAGAGAAUGCCCCUGUAGGCACCUCUGUAAUUCAGCUUCAUGCUACAGAUGCUGAUAUAGGAAGCAAUGCAGAAAUCAGAUAUAUUUUUGGUGCCCAAGUCGCCCCUGCAACCAAAAGAUUUUUUGCUUUGAACAACACCACAGGGCUGAUUACAGUUCAGAGGUCCUUAGAUCGAGAAGAGACUGCUAUUCACAAAGUGACAGUGCUGGCUAGUGAUGGUAGCUCUACACCAGCCCGGGCAACUGUCACCAUCAAUGUCACUGAUGUAAAUGAUAACCCUCCUAACAUAGACCUCAGGUACAUAAUAAGUCCCAUCAAUGGCACAGUGUACUUAUCUGAGAAAGAUCCCAUCAAUACAAAGAUUGCCCUAAUUACGGUUUCAGAUAAGGACACUGAUGUGAAUGGCAAAGUGAUCUGUUUCAUUGAGAGAGAGGUCCCCUUCCACUUGAAAGCAGUUUACGACAACCAGUAUUUGUUAGAGACCUCUUCCUUGUUGGACUAUGAGGGGACCAAAGAAUUCAGCUUUAAAAUUGUGGCUUCUGAUUCUGGCAAGCCCAGUUUGAACCAGACUGCCCUGGUAAGAGUUAAGCUGGAGGAUGAAAAUGACAACCCUCCAAUUUUCAGCCAGCCUGUAAUUGAGCUGUCAGUUUCUGAAAACAACCGGCGUGGUCUAUACUUAACAACUAUUAGUGCCACAGAUGAAGACAGUGGGAAAAAUGCAGACAUUGUUUAUCAGCUUGGUCCUAAUGCCUCCUUUUUCGAUCUGGAUCGAAAGACAGGAGUUUUGACAGCCUCCAGAGUUUUUGACAGAGAAGAGCAGGAACGUUUCAUUUUCACUGUUACAGCCCGAGACAACGGCACCCCUCCUUUGCAAAGUCAAGCAGCUGUAAUUGUUACUGUGCUGGACGAAAAUGACAACAGUCCCAAAUUUACUCAUAAUCAUUUCCAGUUUUUUGUAUCAGAGAACUUACCAAAGUAUAGCACGGUGGGGGUGAUCACAGUGACAGAUGCAGAUGCUGGGGAAAAUAAAGCAGUGACCCUAUCCAUCUUGAAUGACAAUGAAAACUUUGUGCUGGAUCCGUACUCUGGAGUUAUAAAGUCCAACGUUUCUUUUGAUCGGGAACAGCAGAGCUCUUACACCUUUGAUGUUAAGGCAGUGGAUGGAGGGCAUCCUCCUCGCUCUUCUACAGCGAAAGUAACAAUAAAUGUGAUGGAUGUUAAUGACAACAGUCCUGUUGUCAUCUACCCACCUUCUAAUACUUCUUUUAAGCUAGUGCCGCUCUCAGCAAUUCCAGGAUCGGUGGUAGCCGAAGUCUUUGCUGUGGAUAUAGACACUGGCAUGAACGCUGAACUGAAGUACACGAUUGUAAGUGGCAAUAACAAGGGUUUGUUUCGGAUUGAUCCAGUGACAGGUAAUAUCACUCUGGAAGAAAAACCAACUCCUAAUGAUGUGGGGCUUCAUCGCUUAGUUGUCAACAUAAGUGAUCUGGGUUAUCCCAAAUCUCUGCAUACUCUUGUGCUUGUUUUUUUAUAUGUGAAUGAUACUGCUGGAAAUGCCUCUUAUAUUUAUGACUUGAUACGCAGGACUAUGGAAACACCUUUGGAUCGGAACAUAGGGGACAGUAGCCAACCUUACCAAAAUGAGGACUAUCUCACUAUCAUGAUCGCUAUUGUGGCGGGUGCCAUGGUUGUCAUAGUGGUGAUAUUUGUCACAGUUCUUGUUCGCUGUCGGCAUGCGUCCAGAUUCAAAGCUGCCCAGAGGAGCAAGCAAGGUGCUGAGUGGAUGUCUCCCAAUCAGGAAAACAAGCAAAACAAGAAAAAGAAAAGGAAGAAAAGGAAAUCUCCAAAGAGCUCCCUUUUGAACUUUGUGACCAUUGAGGAGUCCAAACCUGAUGAUGCAGUUCAUGAACCUAUCAACGGGACAAUAAGCCUUCCAGCAGAGCUGGAGGAGCAAAGUAUAGGAAGAUUUGAUUGGGGCACAGCACCACCAUCAACCUUUAAGCCUAACAGUCCUGAUCUUGCCAAGCAUUACAAAUCUGCCUCUCCGCAGUCUGCUUUUCAUCUCAAACCUGACACUCCAGUUUCAGUGAAAAAGCACCAUGUGAUUCAGGAACUCCCUUUGGACAACACCUUUGUUGGUGGUUGUGACACCCUUUCCAAACGCUCUUCCACUAGUUCAGAUCACUUCAGUGCCUCAGAGUGCAGUUCCCAAGGAGGCUUCAAGACAAAGGGCCCCUUACACACCAGACAGUCCCAGCGCCGUGUUACAUUUCACCUCCCCGAUGGCUCCCAGGAAAGCUGCAGUGACAGUGGUCUGGGAGACCACGAGCCAGUGGGUGGUGGAACCCUGAUCUCACACCCUCUUCCUCUGGUUCAGCCGCAGGACGAAUUCUACGACCAGGCUUCACCGGACAAGAGGACUGAAGCUGACGGCAAUUCUGACCCCAACUCGGAUGAUUAAGUUGUCACUGGGCCUGUACAAACCAGGAGAGAAGGUGGCUUUGGGAUCUGAUGAACAAUGUUAAGGUCCAUCUCCUCAUUUGGACAGACUGGAUCUGAAUGAUGACAUUUACAUCAUGGCAGAUGACAACAUGAACUGUGGAAUAUUGACUUUGGAAAUAUUUUUCUCAUAUGUAUAUGGGAAGACCAAGAGGUUGUGUUGGAUGAAACUCUACAAAGAAACAAUAUGAAAUGUUUUACUGUCUGAGAGUUGCAGUCUGGUUUCUUUUCCUCUAUUUACCUUUUUUUUCUUUCCUGGAUAUGACACCUUCAUUUUAUUUUCUUUACCAAAACAGAAAUGUUUUUGGAAUUAUGGUGUUAAACCCUUAAUCUGUAGAAAUGCAAAGAAUGAUAAAAGAGUAGCAACUAUGACUGAUUCUGGAGCAAGAAUGUAUGUCUAUUUAAACAAGUGAGGAGCUUAAGUGGAAUUAUCUGGUUUAUUCUCUGACCACGUAUGUGACUUGUGAAAGAUUUAACAUCAGAGAGGAGUUUUUAAUGCAGCAUUGCAAGUUGGCACUGUUGCAUUGGCUUCACAGACUCUGAAUUGUACAUCUUUUUAAAAUGCAGCAUAGAAGUCCAGCAGGAAAGUUAGGAAAAGAGAUGUUAGUAAAUUAGAUAGCAAGUUAUUAAAGUGCAGUUUUGGAAAUUUUGUGUUAAACACAUUGUGAAAACAUAGUAUAUUAAUCACAAUCAUCUAUUCAUGCCUAUUAUAGACACUAAUAGAAGGUUAGUUAGAAUGAGUUCUUAAAAGCUAUAUGAAAAGUUUUAAUAUGCUUGUGGUAGCACCUAAUUUAGCCUUAGGGAUGCUAAAUUUGUGUCAAAUAUAUGAAAAUCUAACCAUCAAGCUGUACUAACAAUUAGUGAAUAUUGAAGUAUAGGUUUUUCUGCUUUUUACCAGACAUUGAAAAAUACACCCUGUAUCUCAUCAAAUCUCACAAACUAAGAAAGGAAUUAUAUGGUCAGUACUGUGACAGAAAUUAUCCUAAAAAACCCAGGCCAGGAUGGGAAUCAUGUCGCUCAUUAAAUGGAUUUAGCUUCUAUAUUGUAUUCAGUAUCAAGCUAUUGCCUAGGCACUGUAUCAAAAAUUAUUUUGCUACUGUAGGCACAAGUUUUUUGAAUGAGAUGUGAAAUAAGGUUUAAAACAGUUUAUGGUUAUUGCUGUGGCAAUUUUCAGAAGAGAAAAAUGCUGGUAUUGAGCAGUUACUUUGUGGGUAUUUACAUGUGUUCAUGGCUAAAAUAACUGAUGUAGUAUCAUUUGAACAUUGUAUUCCUUGACACUCCUAAGCUGAAUUUCUAGUUCUGUUGCAGUGAAAUGUUCCCUAGUUGUAUUUAACUGUAGAGGUAGUUUCAUUUCAGUGGCUGUUUAAGGGGUUGCUGGUUAUGAAAAUACUUGGGACAUGCUAAGGUAAAAGAUAAACUAUAAAGUAAGGAAGAAAGCCCUAGUGGAGAGUUGUAGUAUUGCCACGUACAUGUACUGCUACCAGUUUUGGACGAUAAUUGCAUAACAAUAUUUUUAUUCUAAAUGCUUCAACUGAAGAGAAAGAACAGUGUUUUUGGGAAUGACCUCUACACCAAAAAUACAGAUUUGUUCCACUGUAUUUUUAUGAAAGUUCAUUUUAAGUAAAAGUUUGCUUCAGCUCAUGAGAAUGUGAUGUUAAUCUUGAUAGUGAAGUCCUUGCCUCAUGCUGAGAGCAAUUUUAGUUAAUGACUUUAAUGCUCAGUGAAUUGUGUGGGUUAUUACUGUACACUGUGAAGUUAAGUGAAUAAAAAUACAGCCAUUGUUUCUCAAUAUAAUGUUGCUAUUUUAAUUAUAUUUGAAGAGUGACUGAGGUUCAAGUCUUCAAAACCUGAAAUGGGGGGUGGGGGGGAAAUGUACUAGAAGUCUUGCUAACUUGUUACACAAAAGUCUGAGAAACCUUACUGCCAUAUUUACUCGCAGUCAUUAGCUUCUACAGAGACAGAAGAGCUACAAUUACAUGAUUUAAUGAAAUAAACACACACAGUGAGAGUACAUUCAUCUAGCUAAUCUGAAAACAGAAAUCUCUCACACCGGGUGAAACCGAAAUGAAGAAAGAAGCCAAAUAUUAGCAUUGUCAGCCACACGCUGUCACUGUGCCCAUGAGAAAAAGGCAACAAGAUAGAGAUAGGAAGUCUUUUAUGAUGAUAUGUAUGCCCAAGUUUGGUUUGUAUCACUGGAAUCUGUCUUCUUUAUUUAAGUCUUUUAUUUUGAGGGUGGAAUUCAUUUUGCUAAGAUGUAUUUUCCAUUUCCCUGUUGUUAAUUGAUCAAUACUAUUGAUGGUCAGAGGAGUUUGAUGCUAACCUAUCAAUUGCAACUUCCUUAUAGUUCACUUUUGUCCCAUUUGCAGCUUGAUACACUUGAUUCCUAUAAAAAGGAAUAUAUUCCAAAGAUCA